AUGUGUCCCGAUUUGGCCCCUUCCACCAGCGAGAUCAUAAAUCAGAACACAAACAAAACCAAAGGGGAGAAAAAGAAAGGGGGGAAGAAAAAAAAACCAUCAGCGGAGAAAGACAAUGAAGCAAUUGUCCAUAGCGGGCCUGCUUACUGUGUUCCUCUUGACAUGUUCUUCCUCAAGUUCUUCCUGAAGUGUAACCAGAACUGCCUGAAGAAUGCGGGGAACCCUCGAGACAUGAGGCGAUUUCAGGUGGUAGUGUCGACUACGGUGAGCGUGGAGGGUCACGUCCUGGCCGUGUCCGACAACAUGUUUGUGCACAACAACUCUAAACACGGGCGCCGGGCUCGAAGGCUGGACCCCUCAGAAGGAACACCUUCCUACCUGGAACAUGCAACCCCCAGCAUCAAAGCCAUCAGCCCCAGCGAAGGCUGGACCACAGGGGGGGCAACAGUCAUCAUCAUCGGGGACAACUUUUUUGACGGCCUUCAAGUCAUAUUUGGAACCAUGCUGGUCUGGAGUGAGCUGAUCACCCCCCACGCCAUCCGCGUGCAAACUCCACCCAGACACAUCCCGGGGGUCGUGGAAGUCACACUGUCCUACAAAUCCAAACAGUUCUGCAAAGGCACGCCUGGACGCUUCAUCUACACAGCCUUGAAUGAGCCAACCAUAGAUUACGGCUUCCAGAGACUACAGAAGGUGAUCCCCAGACACCCUGGAGACCAAGAGAGAUUACCCAAGGAAGUGAUUUUAAAGAGAGCUGCAGACCUGGUAGAGGCCUUGUAUGGGAUGCCUCACAAUAACCAGGAGAUGAUUCUGAAACGAGCAGCUGAUAUCGCAGAGGCCCUCUAUACAACUGUGCCGCGAGGGCACAACCAGCUAGCCGGUCUUGGCAGCAGCUCAGUCCACGCCGGCAUGAUGGCUGUAAACUCCUUCGCCGGGUCAGAAGUGGCGCAAACAGCCAAUCAGGGUUUCAGUAGGAGUACAAGCAGUGUGUCUCCUCAUGGCUAUGUCCCGAGCUCCACGCCCCAGCAGAGUAGCUACAGCUCUGUCUCCACUAGCAUGAAUGGCUACGCUAACUCUGGCAUGGCUACCCUGGGCACCUCACCUAACUUUCUGAAUGGAUCAGCAGGCAACUCGCCUUAUGCCAUCGUCCCGUCCAGUCCGACCAUGGCAUCUUCGACCAGCCUGCCCUCCAACUGCAGCAGCUCUUCGGGCAUCUUCUCUUUCUCACCAGCCAACAUGGUAUCCGCUGCUGUCAAGCAGAAGAGCGCCUUUGCCCCCGUAGUUCGACCCCAGAACUCCCCCCCUCCCACAUGCACCAGUGCUAAUGCUAACAGCCUGCAAGAUCAGUCUUUUGUGGACUCUAGCAAGUACUCAUCAGCCAGCUCUCUGCAGGGCCUGGCCUUCUCCUGA